AUGUCUUGUCCAGGCCGCACGUAUCCGCUGCGCAAACCCAAGAACCAUCGUCUCCCCAUUCCGCGAUGGCACUUGGCGCUCGCGCCGGCCGUCACGCACGUCUUCACCGCGUACAUUGGUGUUCAGCGACACGCGGCCGACGAGCCGUGUCUGCGGGCCGACGCCCAGAUCGCCUCGGCCAUUCGCGCCUGGCUCGAGGCUGGCCAUGGACCGGCUGUGUUCGAGGCCUUCGCCAUGAUUGAUGGCGCCGAAGCGACAGACACGUCCGUCUGGGUGUGCUACUGGCAAGAUGCAGACAAGUACGACGCUGCGCUGCAGGCGCUCGCCCUGCCGGCCUUGUUCUCGCGACUGGAGACACGCGACCGCGAAUCUAUCGGUCUCUGGCGCGAGUGUUUCGCCACCGCUCUCCCGAGGCUGGAGACCAACUACUCCGGCCUCGACUACCUGCCAGGGCUCGCAAGACUCCCAGGGACAACGACGCCAGAGCACGACCGCUCAGCGUACUGGGGCGCCGCGCGGGAUCGCAUCCCGGACGCGGCCCACGAUCUCUUUCCGAAGCCCACGGACCCCGUAAGUCUCCCACCCGACAGUGCUGUCCGGGGACGCGGCCAGCACCUGGUGGGCACGAACCCCCAGAAUCUCGCCCACAUCCGCUCUGGCCAAUUCUGGGAAAACUGCGGUCAGCAAGAGGCGGACGCGUAUGAGCGGAGGCUCGAGCCGACCCUGCACGAAGGUCUGCGCUAUCUCAUGGAGCACCCGCACGAGACGGAGGCCAUGAGCGUCCGCUACCUCCGCAACGAGGGGGACGCGGCGGCUUCCGGACGGCCACGCAAAGAGUCCUGCGGCGCGGCCUUCUUCGGCAAUCUCGACAGCCUAGAACGGUGGGCCAAGACGCACCCCUCCCAUCUUGCCAUCUAUCGCGGGGCGCUGUCGCAUUACAAGGCGUUUGGCGAUCUGAGGCGCUUGCGGACCUGGCAUGAGGUUUCUGUGCUUCACGAGGGGGACGCCCAGUUUGAGUAUAUCAACUGCGCGCCUGCCACGGGGCAUGGCAGCCCCGAGCUUGUACAACACGUAGGAUAA